CUUCAGUCGUGUCAUUUGCCACCUUAACCAGCAUCAGACCUGCUCUGCAGAAAACACCUGCGUCCGCAAAGUCCAAGAGAGCAACAGCCAAUCAUGAGUUGGGUGUUGAUGGGACAUUUCUCUCAAAGACAGCCCUGCCCAGAUAACAGUAGACUGCGAGUGUUUCAUAACAUCGGCUCUGCACUCAGCUGAGGCCCACCCGCGUCCACCUCUCCUGUCCUCUCCUGUCCUCUCCGCUUCCAGCCAGCCAUGGCUCUCCUGUCCGUCCUCACGCCUGUCCUGGCCGUGGUCCUGUGCCUGGUGAUCGGCUUCAUGCUGGUGAAAUCGCGGGAGACGGAGACCACCUCGACCUCCCCGGGGGAAAAAACUACAGCAGCGUCAAAAGCGGACUACAGACCCUGGGUGGACCAGGACCUACAGGACGAUACAGAAACCAUAGAAAGAGAAGGCGAGGAUGCUGAUUGGGUGGACCACAACGAGGAGGAAGACCUUCAACAUGUACCCUACUCACCCCGACGUUACCCUGAGGAGACGAUGCUGGAGAGAUCCAAGGAUUUGUAUACUCUGUUGAACCAGCGGAGGUCUGUCCGAUUCAUCAGCCCAGAGCCGGUCCCGCGCGAAGUCAUCGACAAUGUCAUCCGCACUGCAGGCACAGCCCCAAGUGGAGCACACACAGAGCCCUGGACGUUUGUCGUGGUGUCAGAGCCAGAGACGAAGCACCAGAUCAGACAGAUAGUGGAGGAAGAGGAGGAGGUCAACUACCGUCAGAGGAUGGGGGACAAGUGGGUCAAUGAUUUGGCCAGAUUACGGACAAACUGGAUUAAGGAGUACUUGGAUGUUGCUCCAUAUCUGGUCCUCAUCUUCAAACAAACCUACGGGAUGCUACCAAACGGCAAGAAGAAGACACAUUACUACAAUGAAAUCAGUGUAUCCAUAUCCUGUGGAAUCCUGUUGGCUGCAUUACAGAACGUGGGCCUUGUUACUGUCACGUCGACGCCCCUGAACUGCGGCCCCCAGCUCCGGCUCCUCCUCAAACGGCCAGCCAAUGAGAAGCUGCUGAUGUUACUUCCUGUGGGUUAUCCUGCGUCUGACGCCACAGUGCCUGACUUGAAACGCAAGCCCCUGGAGGAGAUUAUGGUGCACAUUUGACGGAAUCAAUCUGCAGAGAAAAUAAACGCAAAAAGUUUAAAAUA